CACCGAGAUGCACUUUUCCGGGACUACAGUCCCGGUCCGGGGCUCGGCGCUUGCCCCGACCAGUGAGGGCUUGCCCAUUGGGCCAAGAAAAACGUGACUUCGUGUGACUCGCGUUUCGAAUCCUCCCCGCGAACGGCGCGUUGCCGCGUCUUCCAUAGAGGCAGGAGCUGAGAGUCGACAGCGCGUCGUUACUGCUGUUGUUUCCUCAUUUCCCGUGUUCCUCCCUGGCCUCUCUUCUUCAUGUUCUUUCGUUGUCCACCUUUCCCCAUAUCACGCACUUAGGCCAUGUUGAGACAAGAUCUCGCCCUGUCGCUCAUGGCCGACGGGCAUGCACCCAAGAAACGCAAAAUUCGCAAGGGCACAAUAAGCUGCUGGGAGUGCAAACGAAGAAAGAUUCAGUGUCAAUACUCGGACCAAUCUCAAGACAUCUGUAUUGGAUGUCAACGCCGCGGCGUCGCUUGUCGGACCCAGGAAUCCGAUGACGAUGCGAUAGAACAAGAUCGUGCGGUUGGGAAACAGUAAGAAACAGAGGAGACGUUACGGAAGGCCGUGGCGCUACUCGAACAGAUGACUCCAAGUAGCCAGUCUUCUCACACCGGGAGCAGACCGUCUUUUCCAGAACCUGGCUGCUUGAGACCCUCGAGCGAGCAAGCUCUUCUAAGGCCAGAAUGUACGCAACCGGGGUCACCAUUAAGGCUGCUAGCUCCUACACCCUGUCCGAGCAUAUAAGUUUUUGACAGUAUCCUGUUCGACGACGAUAAUAGAGGCAUGGAUGAAGGUUUGCAGGGUUGUCUCGUACACUUCAUGCAUUGCUCCCAUCCCAACAAGAUGCAAAUUCGAUCAUCUCGGCGGGUUACACUGCGCCUUUCCUUCAGUUCUUCACAUUACCCUACCAAGAUCUACUCCUAGGCCGAAAUAGAUCAGCCUCGGAUUUGUCUUCCAU